UGUACUGAGGGCGACAAAAUCCCACGCCUUACGUCCUCUCUGCUGACUUGAAGGUGGUGACGUCACAGAAAAACAAAAAUGGCAGGGAUAGGAAGCAGCAACUACUGGGAGGAUCUGAGAAAGCAGGCCAGGCAGUUGGAGAAUGAACUUGACCUGAAAUUGGUCUCCUUUAGUAAACUGUGCACCAGCUACAGCAGCUCUAGGGAUGGACGUCGAGGAGAGACUUCGGACACCACGCCCCUGCUAAACAACUCAACCCAGGACAGGAUGUUUGACACCAUGUCUGUUGAGAUUGAACAGCUGCUGGCAAAACUAACAGGAGUGAACGACAAGAUGGCAGAGUACACCAACACCCCGGGAACAUCGUCUCUCAAUGCUGCACUCAUGCACACUCUCCAGAGACAUAGGGAUAUUCUACAGGACUACACUCACGAAUUUCACAAAACUAAAGGAAACUUUCUGGCCAUCCGGGAAAAGGAAGAUCUUUUAGGAUCUGUCAGGAAAGACAUUGAAACGUAUAAGAGUGGUUCAGGAGUCAACAACAGAAGAACAGAGCUGUUUCUAAAGGAGCACGAGCAUCUUAGAAACUCAGACCGGCUGAUGGAUGACACAAUAAGCAUUGCAAUGGCGACCAAGGAGAACAUGACCUCACAGAGGGGCAUGCUGAAAUCCAUACACAGCAGGGUGAACACUCUGGCCAAUCGUUUCCCAACUAUCAACAGUCUCAUCCAGCGAGUCAAUCUGCGAAAGAGAAGGGACUCCCUCAUCCUCGGCACUGUGAUCGGCGUCUGCACCAUUCUCCUCCUGCUCUAUGCUUUCCAUUAACCUCCCCCGGUCAGACGAUUUCUAACAAGGCAGGACUCCUCUGCUCUUUGUAGCAUAUGAAUCCUCACCUCCUCCCCUGUGACGACGCCCGGUGAUUGAAGGACCACGGAGGUUCCAGAGCAGAGAGACGUUUAUCUGGUCCUGUUCCAGGACAGGAUCAAAUUUGGCCAACAAGUUCCCACUGAGCCAGCAUUUAAUAACGAGACAGAUUUAGGGCUGGUGGUCGCUUCUUCUCCUUCUUCUUCUUCUUACACCCACAAGGAAAUGGAGACCAAAAGAACAAGUGAGACCAGUUAAUUCUUGUUUGUGGACAAGCUUUGUGCUUUUUUUCUAAUAAGAUCAGAGACUAAAGCUGUCUUGUUUUAAUAAGGAGGUCGAAGGAUAUUUUUUUCUUUUUCGGUUAUUUUUAAUGAUUUUGGGGGAGUCAUAAUUCAUUGUAAGCUGUAAAAUGUGAAUUAAUAAAUUAUUCAUAUCGGUAUGUGUUUUAAAAAAUG